AAUUUAUCAGAUAAGGGAAAAUAUCAAGUUUAUUAUCAUAAGUAAUUAAAAUUAGUCUAAAUUGUUUUUAACACCCAAUUUUGUUUAUCUCAUUCGUUUAUUUAAUUAAUUUAGUAGCCAGUGCAAUAUUUCAUUAGUCAGUAUGAGCGGUGAACCUGAUACGAAACGGACGAAAAUGAGUGCCUUAGAUCAACUUAAACAACAUUCCACUGUUGUGGCAGAUACUGGAGAUUUUGAGGCCAUGAAGGAAUAUAAGCCUACAGAUGCUACUACAAAUCCAAGCUUAAUACUCUCUGCUGCUGGUAUGGAACAGUAUCAGCACAUUCUUGAUAAAGCUAUUAAAUAUGGAAAGGAUAAUGGAAGCUCCAUUGAAGAACAAGUGGCUGAAACUUUGGAUAUGCUGAGUGUGCUUUUUGGGUGUGAAAUAUUAAAAAUUAUUCCUGGUCGAGUAUCAGUGGAAGUUGAUGCAAGGUUAUCAUUUGAUAAGGAUGCAAGCAUAGCAAAAGCAAUUAAAUUUAUCAAUUUAUUUGCUGAACAUGGUAUUAAAAAAGAAAGAAUUUUAAUUAAAUUGGCCUCCACUUGGGAAGGAAUUCAAGCAGCCAAAGAGUUGGAGAAGAAGCAUGGAAUCCAUUGUAAUCUUACACUGUUGUUCUCUUUGUACCAAGCUAUUGCCUGUGCUGAAGCAAAUGUUACACUAAUAUCACCAUUUGUUGGUCGUAUAUUGGAUUGGUAUGUUGAACAUACAAAGAAGACUUAUGAGGGCAAGGAAGACCCCGGAGUAGUUUCCGUGACAAAAAUUUAUAACUAUUACAAGAAGUUUGGUUACAAGACCCAAGUAAUGGGUGCAUCUUUCCGUAAUACCGGGGAAAUACGUGAAUUAGCCGGCUGUGAUUUGCUGACAAUCAGUCCCAAAUUACUGCAAGAAUUAGCUAGCAGUGACAAGCCACUGAAAAAGGUUCUUGAUCCAAAGUUGGCUGCUUUGAACGACAUUGAGAAGAUAUCACUGACUGAAUCUGAAUUUCGUUGGCAUCUCAAUGAAGAUCACAUGGCUACUGACAAACUCUCAGAUGGUAUAAGACGAUUUGCUGCUGAUACUAGGAAGCUGGAAUCUCUCAUCAAAACGCUUCUUGCUAAUAAGUAGUCUGAUUACUUUUGAUAUACUAAUGUGAUAAGUGAAACUAUGAUAAAUACAUUUUCAUGUUGGUAUUUAUUUGAUGUAUGAAAAUUUAAUUUUUUCUUCUACAACUUUUAUUUGGAUAAAGUUUUUAGGCUUUUACGGCUUUGUCAUUUUACUAAUAUGGGACCAUGUUGUUGAUCAUUCCUUUUUUUGUAUCAGAUAAGGGAGAGGUUUAAUAAAAAUAUAUAUGUA